AUGCGCUCCCGGAGGUGGGCGGGGACCUCGGCUCAGGUUUUGUCCAGCCGCGCAGCACCGGGUUCAGUUCUGCCCCCCUCUCAGGACGAAGGCAAGAGAGAGACGGUAGCGGGUCCACGGCAUGCUGCCUCCUCGCCACAUCUUACCAUGGGAGACAGCGAGCAGUGCGCACGCCGGGCACUGACCCUGGAGAACGGCAUAACUUUAGCCUUCUGUAACGAGGACAGCCAUGGCGCACACGACCAGGGCGACUGUUUCGAUGAAGAGAUGGCACAGACGCGUCCUUUACGCAGUGAUCGCAGCGCGUCGAGAGAAGGAGCUGGAGACGACCAUGAGGAGGAAGAAGAGGAAGAGGAAGAGGAGAGCAGAGGCCAGCGCGCACCACCGGAAAAGCUCCCCAAGAAUACGCUAUGUCCGCCGGCGUUUUGCGUCAGAGGCAACACAGCAUCAUCAUCAUCAUCGUCAAGGAGAGAGAGAGCGACUGAAGACACAGAGAAACCAAAGAGAUGUCCUGGUCUUGGCUUGUUCUAUGCCUUUCUGUCCACUGUAUUUUUCUCCAUUAUUGCUCUUCUGGUCAAAACCAUCCAGGGACUUCACGCCAUAGAGAUCAGUGGCAUUCGAUGUUUCUUCCAGAUGCUCUUUGUUGCACCACUGCUCAUUUAUUACAAGACAGGCUUCAUCGGCCCCAGAGAUAAACGCAUCUAUCUGUUACUGCGCGGCUUUAUCGGCUCCAACGCCAUGAUCCUGCUCUUCUACGCUGUGCAGCAAAUGCCUUUAGCUGAUGCUACUGUCAUCAUGUUUAGCAACCCAGUGUUUACGUCCGUGCUGGCGUGGAUAUUCCUGAAGGAGAAGUGCACUCUCUGGGACUGUUUCUUCACGAUCUUCACCCUCACUGGGGUCAUCCUCAUCGCCCGACCACCUUUUAUAUUUGGAAAGCACCUCAGUGGCAUCGAGAGCAACUACAGCAACCACAUUAAGGGGGCGAUCGCUGCAUUUGCAGGUGCCAUUGGAGCUGCGUGCACUAUAGUGGUGCUUCGGAAGAUUGGGAAGAGUGUCCACUACUACCUCUCUGUGUGGUACUAUGCCGUCAUCGGACUGAUAGAGUGCAUUAUUACUGUUUCCGUCCUUGGGGAGUGGAAGAUCCCCGCAUGUGGCCGCGAUCGCUGGAUUCUCAUGUUGAUUGCGGUGCUGGGCAUUGCCGGCCAGUCCUUCCUCACGAAGGCGCUGCAGAUUGAGAAGGCUGGACCUGUGGCUCUGAUGAGGACUGUGGACGUAGUGUUAGCCUUUACUUUUCAGUUCAUCUUCUUUAACCGUGCCCCCACCUGGUGGAGCCUGGGGGGAGCGCUGUGUGUAGUCGCUAGCACCAGUGGAAUAGCACUUAGGAAGUGGUACGUCAACUCGCGCAAAAGCUGA